AUGGCCUCCCUUAAAACGUUCACAAUAUCGUUCACAGGCGAUGUAAUGCUCGGCCGCCUUGUCGACCAAUUAAUGCCCGAGCACGUCGAUAACGAGCACGACCAACGCAAGGCGGCUUCCUUCAUAAAAGCCAAUCCAGCCCAGCUAGGAAAAGGAAAUUACACCCCAUCGUCGCCCUGGGGAACAGCCUUACCUCUCCUUCACGCCUCCACACUUACCUGCAUCAACCUCGAAACUGCCGUAACAACAGCACCAACCCCAUGGCCAGACAAGGUAUUCAACUACCGCAUGCACCCAGCCAAUCUCGGCCCUAUUCUGCACGCCGGUGGAGUCGACUACGCCAGCCUCGCCAACAACCAUACCCUCGACUUCGGCGUCGACGGGCUCAAAGAGACCGUGCAGACACUGCAAGACGCGAAAAUCGCCUACGCAGGCGCAGGCGAGAACACCGAGGAAGCACGUAGUCCUGCCGUGCUCCAUAUAGCCAGACCCGGAAAGGAUGACUACACGGUACACGUGUACUCGGCAUCCGACCACCCGCGCGUCUGGGCCAGCGUGCCGGGAUUCCAUCUCUUCGAUUACUCGCGCGAAACUCGGACCCGUCUACGGAGCAUGCUGAACAGUGCGGACAAACCCGCACUCAAGGUUUUCUCGGUGCAUUGGGGACCGAACUAUGCGUGGCAGCCUGACGGGCGGAUUCGAUCAUUGGCCCAUUUCGUGAUUGACGAGUGUGGGGUGGAUAUUGUCCAUGGACACUCGUCGCAUCAUGUGCAGGGAGUGGAGGUUUAUCAUGGCAAGCUUGUUAUCUACGGAUGUGGGGAUUUUGUGGAUGAUUAUGCGCUGAAUGAGGAGUACCGCAAUGAUCUUGGGGCUUUGUGGAGGGUGGUUGUUCAGGAGGUGGAUGGGGGAGUUGGGUUGGAGAGACUGGAGAUCUUCCCUACGCGGGUUGAACAGUUCCGGGCCAAUUUGUUGGAUUCGCGUGAUGCAGAUCAUGUAUGGGUGAGGCGGAGGAUUCGCUCGCUUAGUGCGGAUUUAGGCACGAGUGUGAGGUUGCAACUUGGGGAGCAUGGGGAGAUUGUGGUUCAGUUGUCUUAG